GGCUGCCUGUGUAUCCCAAGUACUCUCUUCAGCAUUCAAGCCCCUGGCUGCCUGUGUAUCCCAAGUACUCUCCUCAGCAUUCAAGCCCCUGGCUGCCUGUGUAUCCCAAGUACUCUCUUCAGCAUUCAAGCCCCUGGCUGCCUGUGUAUCCCAAGUACUCUCUUCAGCAUUCAAGCCCCUGGCUGCCUGUGUAUCCCAAGUACUCUCUUCAGCAUUCAAGCCCCUGGCUGCCUGUGUAUCCCAAGUACUCUCCUCAGCAUUCAAGCCCCUGGCUGCCUGUGUAUCCCAAGUACUCUCUUCAGCAUUCAAGCCCCUGGCUGCCUGUGUAUCCCAGGUACUCUCCUCAGCAUUCAAGCCCCUGGCUGCCUGUGUAUCCCAGGUACUCUCCUCAGCAUUCAAGCCCCUGGCUGCCUGUGUAUCCCAGGUACUCUCCUCAGCAUUCAAGCCCCUGGCUGCCUGUGUAUCCCAGGUACUCUCCUCAGCAUUCAAGCCCCUGGCUGCCUGUGUAUCCCAAGUACUCUCUUCAGCAUUCAAGCCCCUGGCUGCCUGUGUAUCCCAAGUACUCUCUUCAGCAUUCAAGCCCCUGGCUGCCUGUGUAUCCCAAGUACUCUCUUCAGCAUUCAAGCCCCU